GAUCUGAGCAAACUUCGCUGUGAUUGUUUAUCCACGAAACAGAAGCAGAAGAGAAACCGAGAAGAACCCAGCUUAGAUCAGACUGAAGAACUAGAUGCGGUGGACGCCUUCAAGACCUGUCAUACCAGCUCCAAACGUGGCCUGAGUGAACCGGCAAGAGAAGCACUUUCUCAUAUGGAGGCUUUGAGGGCUGAACCUGUUGCUGAAGGUGAGAUGCCAGCAUCCAGUGUGCACCUUGUGUCGAAGGUGCUGUCCCAGAGCAGCUCACACCAAUUCCUGAAAAGCGUCGGCAUCAAAACAUCGGCAACCUCCAAGGCUUCAUCAUCAAAUCAUAGUGAGCUUCGGGAACAACUUGCAGCUGAAGCGACGGCUGCUGUUCAAGGUGAACUCGACCAGCUCAGGAAGAAAUGUGAAGAAGCUGAGGAACAGCAGGCGAGGACACAAAGGGAGUUGGAGGAGUACAAGAAGAUAACAGAGAAGAACAGCAAGGAGAUGGAGGAGACCAAUGUGCUCAUCAAGAAGCUCUUGUCCUUGCAUGGUAACUCUUCUUCGACAUGAGGGCUGCUAGUCAGAGCUGCUGUUUUUGGCCUGUUCUUUGACAUGAGGGUACCCAAAAACUCUAGUUGCUCGUGGGUGUCAACUUUUGAUUAUAUGCUGUUAUGUUUGUGCAAACUCAACUGAAAUGUGAACUCAAGUGGUGAUGCUAUGAACUGAGUUUAGUGUUGUCCACUUAGUUUGUAUGCGCACUGGAAUACUAGUUGUAUUCAUCUAUGGAAUAUGGAAUUGUGUGCUCA